GUCACUUCUGACAGCGACGUCGAAGUGUUUUAUUUGACCAUCUGAUCCUCGGCAGAGCGCAAACAGAGGAGUUACUAAAGUCCCCGACAUGCCUCAGCGAUGGUGACUUUACGCACGGGAUUUGAAGGCUGUUUGAACUGACUCCGCUUGUUUGGUCUCAGCGCUGAAACUCUUUAUCAUCGCCCUGAACUGUCUGCAAGUUUGCAAGAAGCUCACAGCGAAGAGAAGUGCCUAAUAAGUGACUACAGAAUGAUGUCUUCCAUGCGAGCAACGCCUCCCUUUCACCCACAAUCUGAGGAAGAGGAAGCGAUAGGUCACGACAGCGCGGCCUGGGCCAACGACGAGCGAGAGGGUCCAAAGGAGUCGAAGGCAUCGCCGUCCCCUUCUCAUGACCAACCCCACCCCGACGAGGCGCAGCCAAUAAGAGAGAAGCAGACAGAUGCUGACUGGGAGAAUGUCGGGCCUGCUGCGAUGGACAAUGAAAGCAGUAAGGGCUGCUCAAUCUACUCCUACCGUACUAACUCUACCUCUCCACCCAAGCCAGAGGAGUGUUCCAGGGAUCGCGGGGAGCCGAUGAUCGGCCUCGCUUUCGGUACGCCGGAACGCCGCAAAGGAAGCCUGGCGGAUGUGGUGGACACACUGAAACAGAAGAAGCUCGUGGAGCUGACCAAGACAGAACAAGACGAACCGUCCUGCAUGGAGAGACUCCUCUCUAAGGACUGGAAGGAGCGUGUUGACCGCCUGAAUGCUAACGAAUUGCUGGGUGAGGUCAAAGGUACGCCAGAGUCGCUGGAGGAGAAGGAGCGCCAACUUUCCACCAUGAUUGGUCAGCUGAUCAGUCUGAGGGAGCAGCUCCUCUCUGCCCACGACGAGCAGAAGAAAAUGGCCGCCUCACAGCUGGAGAAGCAGAGACAACAGAUGGAACUGGCCAGGCAGCAGCAAGAGCAGAUUGCCAGACAACAGCAGCAGCUCCUGCAGCAGCAGCACAAGAUUAACAUUCUCCAACAACAGAUCCAGGUCCAGGGUCACAUGCCCCCUCUGAUGAUCCCAGUGUUUCCUCACGACCAGCGAUCUCUGGCUGCUGCCGCCGCUGCACAGCAAGGCUUCCUCUUCCCACCAAGCAUGUCCUAUAAGCCAGGUGAGAAUUACCCCAUGCAGUUCAUUCCAUCGACAAUGGCAGCUGCAGCGGCGUCUGGACUCAGCCCGUUACAACUACAGCAGUUGUAUGCUGCCCAGCUGGCAAGCAUGCAGAUCUCACCAGGAGCCAAGAUGGCUCCCCUCCAGCAGGCUCCCAACUCCUCCGGUCCCCUUUCCCCCUCUGCCCUGAAGAGUGAGAAGAGAUCAUCCAGUCCUGUCACUCAUAUUAAGGAGGAAGGAUCCACACAGCCAUUAAACCUCUCAGCCAGACCCAAGACAGCUGAGCCUCUCCGCUCCCCGACAUCCCCGACACAUAGUCUGUUCUCCGGAAACAAGACCAGCCCUACUGGCCUGGGCAAGGGCCGCAUCCCCAGCCCGAUCUCUACCAUGGGCAGGAACACCUCUCUGGACAUCCUCUCCAGCCUGAACUCCACAGCGCUGUUCGGGGACCAGGACGCCGUGAUGAAGGCCAUCCAGGAGGCCAGGAGCAUGAGGGAGCAAAUCCAGAGGGAGCAGCUUCACCAACAGCAGCAGCAGCAUCAGCCGGGACACCAUAGCCUGGAGGCCAAACUGUCCGCCCUCAGCAGCAUGAGCCUCAACAACGGCAACAAGGAGCGGCUGCACUAUGAGACGCUGAGCCAGCACCUGGGGAAGCUCGGGGAGGAUGCUGGGAAGAUGGUCCAUCGAGUAAUUGACCUGACGAGACCAGAAGAUCUGGAUGGCAACAAUAUAACCGAGGCACGAGUGUUCAGGGAGGCGCGGGGCAGAAACAACAACGAGCCGCACAUCAAGAGGCCCAUGAACGCCUUCAUGGUGUGGGCCAAAGACGAGAGGAGGAAGAUACUGCAGACCUUCCCUGACAUGCACAAUUCCAACAUCAGCAAGAUCCUAGGCUCACGUUGGAAAGCCAUGACCAACCAGGAGAAGCAGCCGUACUAUGAGGAGCAGGCCCGCUUAAGCAAAAUCCAUUUGGAGAAGUAUCCCAACUACAAGUACAAGCCGCGGCCCAAGAGAACCUGCAUCAUCGACGGCAAGAAGCUGCGCAUUGGGGAGUACAAGCAGAUGAUGCGGUCACGGCGUCAGGAGAUGAGGCAGUUCUUUGUGGGGCCUCAGCCGCCAAUUCCUAUUGGCAACAGCGCAGGUGGCGUAGGAGUCUACCCGGGCGCUAUAACCAUGGCAACAACAGCCACGCCGUCCCCACACAUGACCUCAGACUGCUCCAGCAACUCAGCUAGCCCUGAGCCAGCCAUCCCCGUCAUUCAGAGCACGUAUGGGAUGAAGACUGAGCCUGUCGGCUUGGGAGGCAGCAAUGGCGGUGGGGUCAGUGCCUUGGAUAUGCCCAGCGACCCCACUAACGGAGACGACGACAUGGACAUGUACGAGGAUUUUGAGGACGAGCCCAAGUCAGACUAUAGCAGCGACCACGAGACACGGGAGGCCGUCAGUGCCAACUGAGGGCUCUCAGGGUGUCAGUUGUAAAAAAUUGAAAAAUAAGAAACCUCCCGUUAUACUCAGAGACACUUUUUAAGAACACAGUUUAUUACAGAGACCUUCAGGCAUACUUUCUGGACAUGCUGCGUGAUGCACUGAGCAUGCCCAGACAGGAUUCAAACUCAGUGGACAUACUCAGAGAGAGUUUUUGAACAGUAUGUUGACGGACGUCCAUUUGAAGAAGAGGGCUGAUGGGAAAAUGUGACCCAGGAACGCAACCUGAACAGACAUUUACAGAGGACAUCCAGCUGACAAUGAACUUAAGUUUCCGACACUUUGACAAUCUUAACAGGAGCGAAUAAGAGAUAGAGGAGAGAGAGAGAGAAUGAGAGAAUGGGACAAAGAACAAAUGAGCGACGAACACAUUGCUGUGUGGUUUGUAAAGAGCAUGCAUGGAUUUUGAAGCAUCAGGAAUUGGUCUUCAACAGCUAUUUGGUCUUAAAUGUUUAAGGAGUGAUCUAGUUUUUAUCAUGUAUUUACUUUUUUGUGUUUUUGUCUUUUUUUGUUUUUGUUCUAUAGACUUUUUCUGACAGGUCACUGCCUGUACAAACUCUGGACUGUCAGAACUUGAAAUUUGAGAAGUUUUAAUAUAAAUCCUAGCUCUUGUAAUCUUAUAGUCUUACUUUCGUUUCUUACGAGUACAGUGCAUCUACAUCUUUUUUUUCUGACAAACUGCUUACAUUACAUUACUGUUAGAUUUUUUUUUUUAAAUAUCCCAGCUCAGGUAUGAUGUGCCAGCUUGUGAAUGUGUUUUUUUUGUUUUGUUUGUUUUCAUACAAAAAAAGAGUGGUAGGACUUUUCAGACUGUCAAUGAAAUAAAGGGAGGUAUAUCCCUUAUAUCACAAUAUUAUUAUUAUUAUUAUUAUUAUUAUUAUUAUUAUUAUUAUUAUUAUUACAAAUUGUUCAAAUGUGCCAAACCUACAUUCACAUUCACUUGGGAUGUUGUAGUCUUAACUUCCAAUGCUGCAAAAAGUCUUAUACAAUCAGCUUUUUCUAUCUGAUGAGAUGAGUUCCUACUCGCUGUCUGCAGACUCCCCACCUGCCUCAAUCACAGGUAGAGCUCAGAGAGGAUGUGUAUCCAUUACACUUGCUCACUCACACACACACACACACACAUACACACACACUUUGUGUCGCUCUCUGGAAGCCCCUCCGGCGCUGAGACGUAGUUACUAGAGCUGCAUCGAAGGCGGCUGUUCUUCAAUUCCACUACACUGGUGCUUUCAUGAACCACAUUGCCCAUAGUUCCUUAAGGCCAAACACUCUGAAGUCUCCACAUACUGUGCAGUAACACCAACAUUUAGCAUUUAAGUUGAAGGUAAAAUAGACAAUUUUUGGCUUAAUAUCUACUCAGACACUUUAAGAAUUCACAAGUCUUAAAAGUGUAUCUCAUGCUCUGUUCAUUUAACAUCACAGGAAAGGGGAUGGAGAAGCCCCAGGAUGACCCUACUGUAGGAUAAGAGUUUCUAAUAUUCUGGAUCCCUUCACUGUAUUUUACAUUGUGUUUUGAAUCGGUACAAAAAUGUACAAAUGUUACUAUUUUUAUUAGCUUGUUGAUAUUUUUAAAUGUCUUCUCAGCAUCACUUGGGAAAGAGACACCAAACAUGUGUUUCAAAAAGACUUUAUAUAGUUGCAAAAAAAAUGGGUUUAAUAGGUCUGUUAUUUCAAAAAGGGUACCUUUUUCUACGUUGCGUGUAUAUUUUGAAGACGAGUAAAUUAUUGAUAGAAGAAUGGAGGGAGAAAAAAAGACGCAUCAUUCUCAAUCAGUUUCUAAGUCAACCACCCCAGUCAGAGCACACAAGUUUUUCCACAGUCUGAAGCGAGAUGUUCCUCUUUCAUUUCGAUGCAGGCCAGUGGCCGGCAUCACGCUGGGUGUACACGCUUUUUUCUCUGUUUUACUCAAAUGUACGAUUUUUUUCUGUGUCUCUUUUCACCACACUCUCUGCAAUUUGAACAUGUUUCCAUUUUCAAACACCUGUGACUUCAGGUGGUUUCUGGGUGCUCUGUUUCACUAUUUCACAUGUCUUUUUACUUCAUUUUUCACAACAUAUCGGGCAGUUUGUACUUGGAAAAGCUUCACAAGCUGGGACUGAACAUUGGUUUUCGCUUGCAUCACAGGAAAAAAGAGCUGCUGCUCGCCUCAUACAUAGACAUUUCUGUUAGUGUCAUACACAUCCUAAGCACUGGAUAUAAAUUCUAUGUUUCUUUUUGUUUUUUUUAGUAUUGACUAAUGUGAAGUUGUUGUUUGAUUUUCAACAUGAUAAAUUAGGACAGUCAAAAGUCACAUGUUUGGACUCUGGAGGAAGCCUCGCACUUGCAAGGCACAAGUAAAUUGCCAUUUCUUUAGAAACAUUUCAUUUAUUUAAACAAAUUUUGUUGCCGCAGCUCUAGUGCCGCCUAAAGGGGUCACAUCACCUUUGAUCUCUUUAAAAAGGUAACCUCAUGAUCUUGUCAGUUGUGACCCGCAGAAGCAAAACACACGUUUCCUGGUCACACACACUUUUGUGAUGAGUAUUGUAUUUGAAAUUCAAUUGUGCGUUUUAACAUUUCAUUGUAUUUAUUAGCCAGCUUUGGCUCUAAAAAGUGUCAGUACAACUUGGUGAGAAAGACAAUCAAAAAAAUAAUAAAUAAAUAAAAAGUAAA